AUUCUUAUCAUUAGAAAAAUUUGGCAUUUUACAAGUUAUUUGGUGUACAUCUAUUUUUUAUCUAUUUUUUUUUAAUUAUUCUAAUUAUAUGUAUAUAAAGGCAUAUAUAUUGCAAAUGUUGCAAAAUAAUAAUGGGGUAAUUUUGAAUUAAAGCGAAACACUGCUGGAUGACAGUCUAAGGAGACGCCAACAGCUGAUCGUCAGUUUUCUAAUUUAUAAACAAUUCUAUAGUUAACGCCGAUUCGAGCAUUAUAAUGUCAACAAAUGGUAGAGAACCGGUGGCUAAAAAGCCGAAGAUAGAGCAAAAGCUGGCCACAAAUGGCAAGAUGAAAGAAGAGCAUGAUGAGUACGAACUUGAACCAUCUGCUUUCAAUCCAAAGUAUCGUGUCUGUCCAUAUCUGGAUACAAUUAACCGUCACCUACUAGAUUUUGAUUUUGAAAAGUUGUGUUCAAUCUCGCUAACGCGCAUAAACGUUUACGCCUGUCUGGUUUGUGGCAAAUAUUUCCAAGGGCGCGGCACAAAUACGCACGCUUAUACACAUUCCGUAUCGGAGGCGCAUCAUGUUUUUCUCAAUCUACAAACACUACGCUUCUAUUGUCUGCCAGAUAAUUAUGAAAUUAUUGACUCUUCGCUAGACGAUAUCAAAUAUGUACUGAAUCCCACUUUUGAACCGAAAGAUAUAAGACAGCUGGAUCGCUCUGAACCGAAGUACUCGCGUACAGUCGACGGUACGCUUUAUCUACCCGGUGUGGUUGGUUUGAAUAAUAUAAAAGCGAACGACUAUUGUAAUGUUGUGCUGCACGCGCUAUCACACGUGGGUCCUUUACGCGAUUACUACCUGCGUGAGCAGAAUUAUGCCAAAAUAAAAAGACCACCAGGUGAUUCGAUCUUCAAUCUAGUGCAACGUUUCGGUGAACUGAUGCGAAAAAUGUGGAAUCCACGAAAUUUUAAAGCGCACGUGUCGCCACACGAAAUGUUGCAGGCCGUAGUGUUGUGGUCCAAUAAAAGUUUUCAAAUAACGGAACAAGGUGAUCCCAUCGACUUUCUAUCUUGGUUCUUGCAUACGCUACAUCGCGCACUAAAAGGCAACAAAAAGCCCGAUUCAUCGAUCAUACACAAAAUCUUUUUAGGUGAAAUGAAAAUUUUUACGCGCAAAAUUCCGCCAGUAGAGUUGGAUGAUACGCAGAAAUCGUUACUUUUAGCUACAGAGGAAUAUCAGGAGAAAUGUGAAGAUUCUAAUUUUCUAUAUCUUACAUGUGACCUGCCACCGCCACCACUGUUCACGGACGAAUUUCGUGAAAAUAUCAUACCACAAGUUAAUCUUUAUCAAUUGCUAGCGAAAUUCAAUGGCACCACCGAAAAGGAAUAUAACACGUACAAAGAUAACUUUUUGAAGCGCUUCGAAAUCACACGUUUGCCACAGUACAUUAUACUAUAUAUCAAACGUUUCACAAAGAAUACCUUCUUCCUGGAGAAAAAUCCAACGAUUGUCAAUUUUCCGAUUAAGAACGUGGACUUUGGCGAUAUUUUGUCAAUGAAGAACCGAGAACAACUGAAAAAUACCAAAUAUAAUUUGGUAGCAAAUAUUGUGCAUGAUGGUGAGCCGAAAAAGGGCACUUAUCGUGCGCACAUUUUGCAUAAAGCCAAUGGGCAGUGGUAUGAAAUGCAAGAUUUGCAUGUAACGGAAAUUUUGCCACCCAUGAUCACACUGACAGAGUCAUACAUACAGAUUUAUGAACGAAAUAAUGAUUGAUCGAAUGUUGCAUGUGUAUGUAAAUUGCAAGCCACUUAGUUAAGUAAAUGUAUUUAAUUAAAUUUGUAUUAUAAGAAAUUUAAUUUGAAAUAUGCAAGUUUUUGUAAUUAAAAAAGACAAAAGCAACACAGAUGUAUUGUUAAUUUUUAUACAUUUUAAGUUAAUUUCACAGCAAAGCAAAAAUGUAAGCGAUAAUUUAUUAUUUAUUUAGGAAACCUCAAAUUUGAAUGAAUGACAAAGUUAAGCGCAUGCGUUGGCCUGCCUACAUCUAUUACUAUUUAACUGACGUUUGUAACACCGUCAACGCUUUCACUUUCUACACACACUAUUUUCCUUGACCGCUACGGGUGUAUGAGGCAUGUGGCGACAAAAAAAUCGAUCCAAUUGCUCAAAAUAAAGGUUGUAACGACGACAUCACGCAACGUACGCAACGUGAAUUUCUUUACGCCUAAAUCAAAACUAAACUGCAAUAACGAAAUGGCAGAAGGCACCUACGAAUACGAGUGUAUGAGAGCAGAGUUGUUAGGCAUAGAAAAACCUAACGAGGAGGAAUUCGAGAAGGCGCGCGCCGAGCGCUUGAGACGUGAACAAGAGGAAUUAGAAGCCGCCGAGGCUGCGCUUCUAGAGCAGCAGGAAGACCAAAUGCGUAAUGUAGGUGGGCGUUUGGAUGAGUUGAAUACAAUAUUAUCAUCCACACAACAGAAAUUAAAUCGUUUCAAGCAAACAGCUUGUGGUAGCCUAUCAAAUAUUUUUGCCAGAGGCUCAGUAGAUUUGCCAGACGGUACACCCUCUACCUCCGCGACAGCUAGUCGACGCAAUACCACCGCAACGGGAGGCGGCACUAGUGGUCAACAUAAUGAUGAGAAGAGCGACUCCGAUACAAAUAGUACACUGGAUCUUGAUAAUGUGCGAGAUCAAGAAAUUGAGGGUGAAAUACAACCCGUCAUACCAACGGAGAAAAUUCGGGCAGCAAAAAUGGAUAUACAGAAAAAAAUGACUUCACACUUAGACAAAUUAGACUUGUUAAUUAACAAGGCCGAUAAUGCGGAAAUUUCAAUGUCGGAACAAACUAAACAAAUGAGUCGCAUGGCAAAGUAAAGUGCUGAAUGAAUUAAUAGGGACGGUAAACUAGCAGAAGAGCAAAUAGUAUGGAAUAUUUAAAUAGUUAUUCUUAUUUUAAGCUUAGAGGAUGUUGUGAAGAGUGAAGGAAAUAAUUUAAGUAUAUUCAAGUAUAUGUAUAUUAAUUUGUGUAUAUCAACAGCUAUCCCAAAAUAAUUACAAAAUAUCGGUGGUAAAAUAGGAGAAUUCUAAAUAGCAUUUAUGGCAGAAAUGAGGAAAGAAAGGAGAAGCAUACACCCAUUUGUUUAAUAUUAAUUUGUCUGCAUGAGCAAUAACAACAAAGUGAUUAAAUAAAAUAUAAUAGUUAAUAAAGGGCUUCUAAAGCAAAACAAGUAAUAAUAAUUGCAUAAGAUAUCCAUUAAUAUCAAUUGUAAAACGUAAACUUCCCUGUAAUUAACUAGGGUUAACUCAUAUAUGACACCAAAAUACUUAGAAAACCAAAAACAUAAAAAACAAAAGCAAAAG